GCAAAACAAAGCAAAGCGACUCCUUCUGGUACAAGUGGCGGCGCCCUAUAACGUGGACCGCGGUGUGUCUACUUUUUUUUUAUUUCUAAUCAUUUUAACUCUGUCGUGUUUUUUCUGCAGUACCGGGGACAAAAUUGAUGUUGAAGGUUUUUUUUCUGGGGUGGCUGCAAUACGCUUAUUGCAGACUGGAAGACUGUAGUGACGGAUGUGAUUUAAUUUUUUUUAUUUUGACAAAGAAAGUGGAUUACAGUUAUCUGCAACGUAAAUUCGGUGUAGCUGUUAAAUGAUAAUCGGGUUUGAUUUCACGCAAAAAGCAGAGAGCGGAAAUGGGCGUUAAACGUCAUCGAUGACGUAAUUGCCCCAAAACAAUCACAAGACUCACGCUUCGCGGAAUAAUUUUCCCGAAUUCGGACUGAACACACUGGACUUUCCAGGAGCAAAACGUCAUCCAUUCAACCUUCGUGUGUGGAUCGACUUGUCUCGGUGCACGAUGGAGCUCUUUCGAUCUAAUUUAACGGAGAUUAGCUUAGCUUGCUAGCCACUAACAAAGAAACGCAUUUGCAAUGUCCACGCAUCGCUUUGCACAAAUCAAGCGUGACUGCUCGGUGUUGUGAUUGUCGUGCGAACAUGUGCGCAAAACGCGUGAAACAAGAAUACGAGGGGGAACUUUGUGCGACAAAAGCGAACCACGAAAUACAGCGUCAACGCCUGGACACCGUUUUCGAGAAGGACGAAGUACAAAGAGCAGAGGUCAGUGAAGUUGACCUUCCUCCAGAGCAAGAUGAGUCAGAACACCCUCGUGUUAAAGACGGAGAUGAGCCGGAGCCUUCCCACAUGAAAGAUGAAGAGGAACGGGAGCCUUCCCACAUAAAAGAUGAAGAGCAGGAGGGUGACAUCAUCGACUUUCCAUUGACUGUCAUUGUGAAGAGUGAAAAUGAUGAUGAGGACGAUGAUGAUGAAGAAGAAGAAUCUGAUCGAGAGCAGUGGAGAGGAUUGCAAGCAGACAACUUCUUAGCUCCUCUAUCGGAGAGUGACAACAUGACGUCGCACUCUUCUGACACCGAUGGUGACGAGGACUCCAAAGGUGAUCAGACAUGUCACGCUGACAGCCAACGCUGGAAAUGUUCUCAGUGUGACAAAACUUUUGUCAACAAGUCGUCGCUAAAGAGACACUUGAGAAUACACACUGGGGAGAAACCUUUUGCCUGCUCAGUCUGUGAUAAAAGAUUCUCUGUCAAGGAAAGCCUAACUAAUCACAUCAGAACACACACUGGGGAGAAACCUUUUUCCUGCUCAGUGUGUGAUAAGAGAUUCAUUACAAAGGGAAGUUUAACCAACCACACAAGAACACACACCGGAGAGAAUCUUUUUACCUGUUCAGUAUGUGGUAAAACCUUUGCUGAAAAGGGACACUUAAGAGUACACACGAGAACACACACAGGAGAGAAACCUUUUGAAUGUUCUGUUUGCGGCAAGAGAUUCUUUCGGAAAGGACAGUUUGAAACACACUCAAGAACACACACUGGCGAAAAGCCAUUUGCCUGUUCAGUCUGCAACUUAUCUUUCAGAGAUCGUACGGUGAUGGUUCAGCACAUGAAAACGCACACGGGCAAGAAACCUUUUGCUUGUUUAGUUUGCGCUAAAAGGUUCUCCAGAAAAGGGGAUUUAAAAAGACAUACAAGAACACACACAGGGGAGAAACCUUUUGCCUGUUCAGUGUGCAACUUAACCUUCAGCGAUCGUUCGGGAUUGAGUCAUCACAUCAGAACACACACUGGGGAGAAACCGUUUUCAUGCACCAUAUGUGGAAAACGAUUCAAUCAAAGUGGCACUUUGACAAUACACACAAGAACACACACCGGAGAGAAACCCUUUGGUUGCAAUGUGUGUGAUAAACAAUUCCCCCGCAAGCAGCUGGUGAAGUCACACAAGUGUAUCGGUGAGAAGAGCGGCGCUAAAUGAAGCUUCAGCAAAUCUGUGAAGAAAAAUUGGACUCUUCUUGCUGACCAGUAAACGUGUCUAUGUGAUACUGAAUAAAAUACGAGUCUUCAAACUGU